CUUCCGAGACGGCGGACGAGCUUCCUUUCACUCUCGGAGGCACGGCUCGACGUGGAUCCCAUGCAUGGAUCGUCGAGCCAUGCGCCGGCCGGAGGUGCUUCCUACCGAUUAUCGCAGUGCAGUGCAGAGGGGCUCGGCUCUGCACUGCACCUCAAAGACUGAUCGAGCCUAAUGUCUUCACAAGGCGAGAUUGCACGUGCCUGGUUGCUGUAUCUCUCGUGGCGCUAUCCUCAAGAGGACGAAAAUCGACCUGUGUUUGCUUUACCUACCGAGUAUCAAAACUCCAAAUUGAAUCAAAAUCCUGGACAUUUGAAUAUGGUCACCACGAAAGGGACGAUUGAGAACCGCCCUGAUUUCCUCUCGUAUUGCCUCCACUCGUUCGAAGCGACAUGUUCCUCGACUUCUGCAUUGUAUUCCAAUGGUCGGAACUCCUGGAUGGUCAAUUCAAAUCUUCGACCACAGACUGGCUACAUUUGGCGAUGAGUGCGCAAUUUUAUGAUUCCACCCGUCUGUACGUCUUCCGAUGAUUCUGGCCAUUGCAAUCGCGUCUUCUGAUCUGAGAGACAACUGUUCCUCCCUCUCAGCUCACUUGCCCCCGAGUCGCCUGCGUUGCAAAACAUCAUCUCGGGGAUGGCCGUUCCACAAAGCUGUCGGAGAUGCAGAUGGCAGAUAGCACCCGCUGAAGAAAUUGCCAUUCCUCAGGUGAGAAUCCGUAACAAUUUCCCCGGAAGAGAGUGGGGACGAGAGCCACGAGAUCCGCAUAACGAACUCGACGAACAAGAGCAUGGCGCAAGUUUGACGGGGUCGUUUGCAGUCCACGGACGGAUUCACAUCUCUCCUCUCCGGUACCUCGUCCACAUCGUGAGAAGAAAUCCGAAGAACGAUCAUAACACCAGUGACAAAAACCCUUGCACGAUUGGGUUGCUGCCCUGGUUGCAUUACUGGGCGAAAGACGAUCCUUUUCAGCUAUAGACUCUGUUAUAAUCAAGUGCAUGGCUUUGAAGAAGACCAGAAAUGGAGAUCCGAUGCUCUGAGUUGAUCCUACCUCCUAUUUGAUGAUGAAUGCUGACAAGGGCGCAAUCCACUUCCUCCUACGUCACAACCAGAACCGGUCGAGCAGCUUCCAAGAGCGUGGAGAAGAAAUGUUCACGUUCAUCCAUGGCACUGUUGGAUGCUCGAGAUGUGUCAUGGCGCAUAUGCUCGGCCUGGGUUUGGGUUGCUGGUUCAGUGGAAGUAAGUUCUUCCUCCGGUUCAAUCACGUGAAGGACAUGGGUCGAUGGUCAGACCUGCAUUGUGUGGGUUGGGAUCGGGCUGACGGAAGCCCCAAAGCUCUCCUGCUUUCCGCGUAUAGAUGAUGGGUGUUGAUGCAAGGUGGCAGUUGUCGAGAGAUAUGUCCCAGCGGCUGCCGAAACUUCAUAUCUGCAAAACUCGUCCGAUGCAUGUACGUUUUAGUUCUAGCCUUUCGUGCCAUGGAAGACGUGCUUGCUUGCUUCCCCCACAGCACGAGCUGCAAACGAAGGGAAGAAGAAAGCUGCACACAUGGCCGUGAGUUCACCCGAGAACUCCAAACAUUCCAUGGCCCGAGAGGCGAGAAGUACUGCAUACAUUCACAAAAUACGCAAAUCAGAUAUGUGCAUGCACUCGGACACAUCACUCGAGUAAUUGUCACAAUGCAGUAACGCCCCUCAUCUAUACAUUUGAAAAUAGGAGAUCUAGCUUUCACUACUACUUCAACUACUUAGUCUUCAAUGUACAAAACAGCCUCAAUGCUUUCUUAUACAAACCAUGUCAGUGACAUCUACUUCAGAACUGAAGUAGAUGUCACUGACAGCGGGUUCAGCG